CUUUUGAGAAUGACAUUUAUCAACUCAUCGACAAAACAUACAAGCUGCCCCUCUCCUAUGCCUAGCGCCGAACUAAAACCCCUCUCCUCCGUCAUUGCUCCAGCACCGAUGAUGAGCUUGUGCCCAGGCUGUUAAGUGUCAACUAUCUCAACGGGCUCAACUACUAAGCCCAUUGAGCCUUGGCUUCAGGUACGUUUUCAUACUUCGCACAACGAUUUCAGUUUUAGACAUGCUCUGACCCUGGAGAACACACUGUUCUGCUUCGCGAUUCUAAGCUUCAACCAGGUGCUCUCAUGGUGUGCAAAAAUGACAACCAUUGAGAAUUCAAUGAGUCAGUCUGGUAAAACUACUAAUCUUGCCUCUACCGCUGCUAAGAUUCAGAAUUCUGGAUCUUCGUUUAGGCGAUGGGGUAAAAAACACCCAUUUAUUAGAUAUGGGCUUCCGAUGGUCUCGCUCACGGUAUUUGGGGCACUUGGUCUUGGUCAUCUCUUGCAAGGCAGCAAGGACAUUGCUAAGGUAAAGGAUGAUCAGGAAUGGGAGAUUAUUGAGACUAGAAAAGCACUGUCCAGAACGGGGCCUAUAGACGCAUAUAAACCGAAAAAGAUUUCAUUGGAGGAGGAGCUAAAGGCUUUGCAAGAGAAGGUGGACAUAAACAACUACGAGUACAAGAAAAUUCCUAGACAAAAUGAGGGCAAGUCAGGCUAGUUUUUGUUUUCUGCCUGCUGGAUAAUCUCAGCGUUUGAUUUUUUUUUUUUUUUUUUUUUUUUUUCUGGUUGCCAAAACACUAACUAUUUUCUGGACUCUCUUGUGAACUCCUUCCCACCCCGGCCACCGUUGGUUAGAGUUAAGCACACGUAUUAUCUGCACCCAUUUGUAAGCUGAAUAAGUUGAUACCUAUGAUCAUUGGUUUGGUAAUUCUAUCGUGCAGAUUAUCAUCAUCA